AUGACGACUGAUCAUAUGAAUGUGAAAGGCGCGAGCAGAAAAUGUUUCCAUGGUUAUUUAGCCAAAGGGAUCAACUGGAUUUGCUUCAAGCCAAUCUUGAAUUUGCAUCUGCGAAGAUUGAAGAAAACGUCCAGAAAGAAUCUGAUAAAGUGCCUUGGAGAGGGAAAAAGUGUCCUUGCUUGCAAACCAAGGAAGAAGCUUGGAGGAAAGCUCAAGGAUAUCAAUUUGGAUUGCGACGUAAAUGUUGUAAGCACAUGUGAAUCCUUCGGUAAAGAGAUAGCAUCUUUUUACAAGGCAUCUUUGGGGUUAGAUGAAUCCACUGUGAUUGCGGCGUGGGAUAAAGUUGACGAUGGACCAAAGAAGAGAGGGCUCGAGGAAAAGUGGAAGAAGAUCAAGGCAAUGGAUAUGGAGCUUUGUUUGCAAAGGAUCGAACUUGUGGCCGACGUAGCUAAUGUGAUUUACAAAGAAUAUGCAUCCUCAGAGUUGGUGACAUUUUGA